AAGCAAACCAUCCAUUCAUUUGCUUCUCUAUUUUUUUUCGUUACAAGAAAGGUUUUUCUCCCAGCAUAUGUCUCAAAGGCCUAUCAUCCCUCACUCUUCUUUAAUAGCUUUUGGUCUCCAUUCCCAUCUCCUGGUUUCCAGUGAGAUGAACCCCAAUUCCAACUGGUCUCAAUAGUUUCAUUUUUUUUUUACCAUAAUUCCAUAUUUUUUUCUUUAACAAAAUCCAUCACUUUAAUUCAUUCUUUUGAAUUUUAACAAAGAUCACUUCAAAUGGGAGUCAAAGGUUUUGUUGAAGGAGGCAUAGCAUCAAUUGUGGCCGGAUGUUCCACCCACCCGCUUGAUUUGAUCAAAGUCCGAAUGCAACUCCAGGGUGAAACCCAUGUCCCGAACCCGCCUGUCCAAACUCUCCGCCCUGCUUUAUCCUUUCACCCAACCGCCACCUCCCCUGCUGUCCACAUGCCACCUCCCCCACCAACUAUGGCAGCGCGUGUUGGACCUGUGGCCACCGGAAUCCGGAUCUUCCAAACUGAAGGCGUGACAGCUCUUUUCUCCGGUGUGUCGGCCACCGUCCUUCGCCAGACCCUCUAUUCCACCACCCGCAUGGGACUCUACGACAUCCUGAAACAGAAAUGGACGCACAAGGAGACGAAAACCAUGCCUCUGUCGCGGAAAAUCGCCGCUGGAUUAAUCGCCGGAGGGAUCGGCGCAGCUGUCGGCAACCCAGCCGAUGUGGCAAUGGUUCGCAUGCAAGCUGACGGACGUCUCCCUUUAUCCCAACGCCGUAACUACACCAGCGUUGUCGAUGCUAUCACUCGCAUGAGUAAACAAGAAGGCGUUACCUCCUUGUGGCGCGGGUCAUCGCUUACGGUUAACCGAGCGAUGUUGGUGACAGCAUCGCAGCUGGCUUCUUACGAUCAGAUCAAAGAAAUGAUUUUAACAAAUGGGUUGAUGAAAGAUGGGCUUGGGACACACGUGACAGCGAGUUUUUCCGCAGGGUUUGUCGCAGCGGUGGCGUCGAAUCCAGUUGACGUGAUCAAGACAAGGGUUAUGAACAUGAAGGUGGAGCCUGGGCAAAAGCCGCCGUAUGCUGGCGCUUUGGAUUGUGCUAUCAAGACAGUUAAGGCCGAAGGGCCCAUGGCUUUGUAUAAAGGGUUUAUACCAACGAUCUCGAGACAGGGACCGUUUACAGUGGUGCUUUUUGUUACGUUGGAACAGGUUCGGAAGUUGCUUAAGGAUUUUUAAGGUAUUAGCGACGAAAAAGAUGAUGAUGAAAACGAAUCUUAGGAAUUCUAUGUUUUAAGUUACAGUAAUAUUAUUUUCCAGUUUUCCAUGGAAUUUGGAAGCUGAGCUUGACUUUGCUUCUGAUUGUAAGAGAAUGUUUAAGUCUGGUAUUCUUAUUUUAAUAGUCAUAUCAUCAUAUAAUAUUUUCUCUUACAAAAUUGGCAGCUAAUGUGGUCGUUUUGUUUGGUGUUGUAUAACUUUUGCUUCUGAAAUUCUAACCCAGAAUUUUUUUUGUUAAAUAACCCAAAGUGUUAGCCUAAGAUAUUAUACUGUGUAGUUUUUCAAUUUUUUAUGUGGAAUAUUACAAUUUUGAAUUCCAAAAACAAUAAUACCAUAAAUUAUACAGGGCUGAUCAAAAUCUCAAAUUUACAUGAGUUUAUUACUCUAAGCUUAAAAUGGUGCAGCCUGAAUUAAGUAUUACUAAGAUUUUUUGAAAUUAAGGUUUAAUUCAAGCGUUUCACCCGUUCAACAUACGGGGUUAAAUUUCAAAUCCAGACUAUUAUAACUCUUAA